GUCUGUCUGUAGCUGAAAGUUUGUUUGUAUUUAGAUUUUGUUCCUGAGCUUGUCUUAUUACUGUAUCGUAAAAAAUGCCGAUUGCCGAAAAAAGAAGUGCUACUGAUGGAGUUUUAGUGCCUUUCAAAAAGCCUAGGACGGAUGUAGUUCCUAGUGCUCAGGAAAUUCAGGGACCACCACGAACAUCUAGUCUGUUGGCUCCUAUUAUGCUUUUAACAGGACAUCAAGGAGAAAUAUUUUGUGGUACUUUUCAUCCUGAUGGCACAAUUUUAGCAUCUGCUGGGUAUGAUCGUGACAUAUUUUUCUGGAAUGUCUAUGGAGAAUGUGAUAAUUUUGCUGUACUAACUGGCCAUACUGGGGCAGUCUUGGAUUUAAAAUUUUCAACUGAUGGAGGGUAUUUAUUUUCUGCAUCUACAGACAAAACGCUAAGUAUAUGGGACACAGAAGUUGGUGUUCGUAUUAAGAAACUGAAAAGUCAUACUUCAUAUGUUAAUAGUUGUUGUCCUGCUCGCAGAGGGCCUCAAUUAAUAUGUAGUGCUAGUGAUGACUGUACUAUAAAGGUUUGGGAUGCCCGGAAACGAGGAGCAGUACAUUCCUUCCAGGAUACUUAUCAAGUCACAGCUGUAACAUUUAAUGAUACUGCUGAACAAAUUAUUUCAGGAGGCAUUGAUAAUAUCAUAAAGGUGUGGGAUAUGCGAAAGACAGGUGUUCUUUACAAAAUGAUUGGUCAUGCUGAAACUAUUACAGGAUUAUCUUUAAGCCCUGAUGGUUCAUAUAUCCUUUCAAAUGCUGCAGAUAAUUUAUUAAGAAUUUGGGACAUCAGACCAUUUGCACCACAAGAAAGGUGUGUGAAGGUUUUUACUGGUCAUCAACAUAAUUUUGAAAAGAAUCUUCUGAAAUGUAGUUGGUCCCCUGAUGGUAGCAAAAUCACAGCUGGUUCAGCCGAUCGAUUUGUUUAUGUUUGGGAUACUGCUUCCAGAAGAAUCCUGUACAAACUCCCAGGUCAUAAUGGAUCUGUAAAUGAAGUAAAUUUCCACCCUAAGGAGCCUAUAAUUAUGUCAUGUUCAAGCGACAAGCAAAUUUACUUGGGAGAAAUUGAAUGAAGGAAAUUAAAUACUUAAUUUGAAAAAUACGGUGUAAAUAGUUUUUUAAAUGUAACUUAUGUUUCAAAUAAAUUAUGUAUUUGAGUGGUUA